AUGUCCGCGACUAACCUAGGUCAGGAAGGAAAACAACCAGACCUCAUGCAUGUGGAGAAGGGCGAGAAGAACCUCGCUGACGAUGUCGAUGUCCACAAUGAGUUCGCGUAUAAAGGUGAUGACUCGGAUGGCAAAGCUGCCUGGACUUUCCGCCACUAUGUGGCCGCUGUGUCGCUGGGCAUGCUGUAUGCCGGGUCUCAAGCCAACUUGUACUUUGUCGGAGGGUGCCUUUCCUUCAUGGAAGCCGACCUUGAUGCGCAGAAGGUCGGAAGUUGGCUGCCGGUGUCGAAUACGCUAGCCAUCACUGCAAUGGCGCCAUUUGUGGGAUACUUGCAGGAUCUUCUUGGACGCCGGUACAUCACUCUCGCUGGUAUGCUGGUGAUCAUGGUGGGCAUUGCCUUGACUGGCAGUGCACACUCUUUUGGGCAGGCCGUAACUGGCAUGGCCCUGGCCGGAGGCGGUGCUGGAGUUUGCGAGUUGACCUCUCUCGCUGGAUUGUCGGACAUUGUCUCUGUCCGCCACCGAGGUUUUGCAUUGGCCCUGAUGACUGCAUCUCUCGUCCCGUUCACCCCUUAUGUCAUGUACAGUCAGCUUCUCGCGACCUAUGUGACUUGGAGAUGGACACAAUGGAUCGUCCUGAUCUGGAAUGGUAUCGUGUUCGUCGGCCUCCUGACGACAUACUUUCCAAAAUCACACCCCCGGAUGGAAGGGAUGACAAACCGGGAGAUCCUUGCACGCAUUGACUAUGUCGGUGCCGCCCUGUCAAUCGUCGGACUGACUAUCUUCCUUGUUGCCUUGCAGUCCGGCGGUUAUACACACGCUUGGACAAGCGCAUAUGUCAUGGCCCAGCUGAUCAUCGGGAUCUUCCUGAUUCUCGCCUGGAUAGUCUGGGAAUGGAAGUUUGCGCGGUAUCCCAUGAUCCCGCGCGAACUCUACCAAACCCAGCGAGUUGCUCCUCUCGCAUUCCUCGUGGCUUUCAUCGCCGGCUUCGACUUCUACUCACUCAUUAACUUCUUCCCCAUCUCCUUUGCGGCCCUUUGGGACCCAGAUCCGGUCCAGAUUGGCUUGAAAGGCUUGGGGUAUGGUAUCUCGACCACUGUCGGGGCCGUCUUUUGGAAUUCCAUGCUCUCGACGAAAAUGCCGGCCAAGUAUAUUCUCCUAAUCUCGUCAAUCAUCAUGACUACCUUCACCGGAGCCCUGGCUGCCACAACUCCUGAAACUCCUCGCAUGGCCGUCGCGUUCGGUACUAUUGCCAGCUUUGGCGUUGGUGGUAUUCUAGUGCCUGCUGCCACUGUCGCCAUGAUUGUCGUCCCCGAUUCCCUUCUGGCGACCACAGCCGCAUUGUCACUGUCCAUCCGUACUGUUGGCGGCUCGAUUGGCUUUACCAUCUACUACAACAUCUUCGUCAAGAAGCUCACUUCACAACUACCCGUCAAUGUGGCAAAGUAUGCCAUGAAGGCAGGAUUACCCGCGUCAGAUGUUGAAGAGUUCGUCCUGACCUUCCUCACUGCUCCGGCACACAUCACUCACGCGCCCGGGUUUUCGCCCCAAGUCCUGGCUGGAGCUACGAUGGGUUCCAGAUGGGGAUAUGCUGAGGCUCUGAAGUGGGUUUGGAUCACAAGCAUUCCUUUCGGAGCCUUGGCAAUCAUUGCUUGCUUCUUCAUUCCGAGCAUCAAGAAGUACCAGACUAACAGAAUUGCUGUCGCCCUCUGA